AUGCCCGGCGCUCACACACUAAAAUCUCUUAAUUUGGCUUCCAUAUUUUGUCUUCCCAACUAUUUCUGCUUCUCAUACACAAACUGUCAAUCUUGCUCGUUCACUUUCGUUCCGCUUUCCCCUCCUCUCCUUCUAUUCUUUAUUUCUUUUUUUUUUAUUUUUCUCUUCCUCGCAUCGCUCUCGCUUUCUUUCUCCCUCUCUUCUAACCUCCCUUUUAACUUUCCCAUUAUUCUAUUCAUUAUCGCAGAUUUCAACUCUUAUUUCACAUACGUCUUUUUUCUCUCAUAUCUUUUCCCACUCUCUCUCUCCCUCCCCCCUUGUCUCUCCCUUCCUUCCUAUCUUUUCCUUUCUGCCGCACUCCAUUCAUUUUUCUCCCUCUUGCUCUCUUUCUCUUUCUCUUUUAAACUGCACUUUUAUUGCUCUUAUUUCUAUCUCUCUUUACCCUCCUCUCUUUUCAUCAUUAUCUCUAUUUAUCCUUACAACAUUAAUGACUGCUAUUCUAUUCUGAUCUCGUCCCACGUUCUUCCCCUCUUCCUUCCUAUUUAUCUCUUCCUUUUUAUCUUCCCUAUCUCUCUCACUAUCUUUCUCCGUUCAUCUUUUUCUUUCUCUCUUUUUAAACAUUAUUAUUACUCUUAA